AUGGGGUUCCAUGCUUCGUCAUCAUAUUUCACAGAGUUGUUCUUGACCAGGUCACGGGCUCGUCCACGUCUCUUAUUCGCUCUCAAUCGAGAGAGUAGAUGGAGCUUCUUCUCAACGCCUCAGCUUCAGAAUCCAUAUGGGAAUUCGGUAUCUCUAGAGGCGACUUUUCAUAUGAAACUCUCUCAACUCACUAGAGGCAUCAGUAGAAAGUUUUCUGGUCUCACCUCUGGAUUGAUGUAUUUCUCUUCUGUGCCCAUCUCACAAAAGAGUGAUGAUGGAGUGCCUGUGAUAUUUAACCCUACAUCGAGACAGUAUCUGAGCUUACCUAAUACGAGAGGGUAUGAUGGCUUUAUAGUGUUUGAUAGCUUAUAG